AUGAACGGCAAGAAGGGCGGCAAGUCACCAUCAGGUGACGCCGAAGGCAGUAACGGUUUUGAUCCCAGCACUGAAACAGUAAGCAAACUUUCAGGCAGAAUUGCCACUAGGACCAAAACGAAGCACCCGUCCGAGUCCGGCCUGGACAGUGGUUUCAGCAGUCUCUCAGGCAGCAACGGCGGUCAGAGGCCAAUGAUCAGGGCCCGGCUUCCCAAUGAGCAGCGCACCAUGGUGCAGGUGUAUCCGGGACAGACGCUCCGCGAGGCACUCGAACGGGCCUGCACCCGUCGGCAGCUGAACAUGAACAGCUGCUACGUGGAGAUGGUCGACACUGGGUACGGCGAGAGAGAACCCAAUAAUCCACCACCACCUUCUAACACUGCACUUUUACCUUCCUUCAGGGAGUACCUGGACUGGGAUAUGGACGCCUCACAGCUGGACGGCACUGACAUCGAAGUCAAGUCCAUUGACCCGUUUGCCAUUCGCUCACGAGUGUCGCAUUCCUAUAUCCGCAAAACCUACUUCACCAUGACCAUCUGCGUCGUCUGUCGGAAGAAUAUGUUCCAAGGUUUGUACUGUCAGAUCUGCAAGAUUCGCUUUCACCAGAGGUGCGGCGACCAGGUGAACAACCUGAUCGAGUACCGACAGUGUGACCCACUGCGGAUGUGCAAGUCGGAGAAGGCGCUGGUGGAGCACAUGCUGAGCGCCAACAUGGAGCGAUACCACAUUGGACGAAGUGGCUCCUCAGUGACGCCCACCUCCUGUUCAGCCUCCUCCAGCGGACGGCCAGGCCCCAAUGGCCGAAUGGUGCCCAAGCCAUCCUUCUUCGGCAUUCCCAUCCGUCGGCCAGUCCCUCCGCCCUUGCCGCCGAUGCCUGCGAAGGGCCAGCCACCAGGCAAUUCGAACCACCUCUCCGCCGAGCCGCCCCUUUGUCAGCGAGAGCGCUCCACCUCUGCGCCGAACGUCAGCUUCAACCUAGUCAACCUGUCAUCGGUGGCGGCGAGCAAUCUGGUGGCGGAGACCAUCCUCCAAGAGCAGCUGCUCCUCCAGCACAAGGCAGCACAGAUGCAGCCAUUCGGCACGGAGACGAUGCCAACUCACUCUCUGAUGUCGCCAAACAGCCUCGAGCCACCACUGCUUGAUGAGGGCGAAGACCCGCGCAUUCAGUCCGCCUCGGCCGCUAUGGGAUCUGCAGUGGGCGGAAGUGGACAGGCGCGAAACUGGCGGCCCCGUGCACGGUCUGCCGAUGAAUCGGCAAAGAAGAAGAUUCGCGGCAACCCAGCUCGAGACAGCAUGGAGGACUGGGAGAUUCCCGCUAAUGAGAUUCUCACUGGUCGGCAGAUUGGCUCCGGCUCCUUUGGUACGGUCUUUUACGGCACCUGGCACGGGCCAGUGGCGCUGAAAAGGCUAAAGGUGGCAAAGCCCACUAAGGAGCAGCUUCUGGAGUUUAAAAACGAGUUGGCCGUUCUGAGGAAGACUCGCCACGUGAACAUAAUCCUCUUCAUGGGCUGCGUCUCCAAGCCCGACCUGAUGAUCGUCACUCAGUGGUGCGACGGCAGCAGUCUCUACAAGCACCUGCACGUUAUGGAGACCAACUUUGAGGUCUUUCAGCUGGUGGACAUUGCCAGGCAGACGGCGCAGGGAAUGGACUACCUGCACGCGAAGAAGAUCAUCCAUCGAGACUUGAAGUCAAACAACAUUUUCCUUCACAACGACUUUACGGUGAAGAUUGGCGACUUUGGUCUGGCCACGGUAAAGUCCAACUGGAAGGGCACCGAGCAGUGUCAGCAGCCGACGGGGUCUCUCCUUUGGAUGGCGCCCGAGGUGAUUCGAAUGGACGAGAAGAAUCCCUUCACCUACCAGUCUGAUGUGUACGCCUACGGAAUCGUCCUCUACGAGCUCGGCUCCAGUCAACUGCCGUACAACCACAUCAGCAACCGAGACAGGAUACUGUUCCAAGUGGGUCGUGGCCAUUUAAAGCCCGACAUGACGGCCAUCAAGAGCUACAUCCCAAAGGUGUAUGUCAAGCUAAUUCAGGACACCACUGCGUUUGAGUUUACAGACAGGCCGCUCUUUAAAGAGGUUCUCGUCCGUCUGAAUGAGGUAAUGCGCGUCCUGCCGAAGAUUACCCGUUCAAUAUCGGAGCCCUUCCUCAACCACAAUACAGGCGACUUUAUGGAGGGCGCCAUGUGUCCCAGUCCGAAAACUCCCAACGCUAGCGGCUAUAACGUGUUCUCGUUCCAUGUGAACGCCCUUAUUUGA